GUGACAAAUUUGUCACACGGGGUUAAGCGUAACUUCGUGAUGAAAGCAAUAAUAAAAUCAGCUUUGAGCAUAGUUGUGGAUGUCGGGGAAAGCCAAAAUGGAAUGCAUUUUUUGAAUGCAUUUAUCAAUAAAUUAAAGAUAAUAUACGAUGGAUUGGUAAAUGAUCUUCGUGACAGUUUCAUUCACUUUGAAGAAGGAGUUAAAGAGCUUAAAUGCAUGCAAGAGUCGACUGAAAGUGAUACAUCGACACAAGUACCAACAAUAAAGUUAUCUCAAAAAUGUCAAACGCGUUUCAAAUUAGCUGGAGAGAAAGCGAAAAAGACGUUUGAAAAUGAUUCGUCUAGGACUGAAGAGAAAAUAAAAGCAAGCAAGAUACGCAUUGCAAGCGCUAUUCUAGAACGCUUAGAUAACUGCGGGUUAGCAACAACGAAUUACAUGUUAUGUCUGAAAGAUUUAAACUCCUCGAUUGUCGCGGGAAUAAAAAGCAAAUCUCACAACUGUAUGGAGACUAAAGUCCUUGACAAAGUAAUAGAUAUUAACUUGGCGUUGGCGAAUUUCAUCUUUAAGCACACAAACAAAAGGAUGCCUGUUUUGGAAUGGCCCCAGAUUCAAUAUAACGAGCAGCCGAUUCAUCCUUUUUAUUACAAGAAGAUUGAAGAAAACACUACUGCCUCAUUACCUUGGUACUCAACUCGCUUUCCUGAGAAUACUGACCUCGUAAGCAUGAUCGUAAAUAAAGAAGGAGAAUUACUAAUUUUUAAUAGAAAUGAACUUCAAAUACUUAACAGAGAAACCGAAGUGUUUGAAACGUGGUGUCAGUUUCAAAGGUCGGAUGCUGAAAAUAGGCAAGUAAAAUGCAUGAACGUUGAUGAAAAUGGCGUAGUAUAUCUACUUUUGGGUUGCAAAGACAAAUCGAAUGGCGAUUAUACAUUGUUGCUUUGUUUGGAAGACAAAAUUGUUCAAAAAUGUUCCUUGUACUUUCGUGAAGAAAUACAAUCUAGUAACAUUUUUCUUGCUGUAGCACCAAAUGGCAAUAUUAUCAUUGCUACUAUCAAGAAGGAUCAAAGCAACGUCGAGAUAUAUGUGCAUAACAGUAAAGGCAACAUUAAUACGUCGUUUGUAGCAAAGGGUGAACACAAUCCAAUUGAUGAUGAAAUGAAAUAUUUGUCCAUUUCCUCUGACGACAACAUAGUCAUUUUGACUUAUAAAUCACCCAAAAUUUACCGAAUUAUCAUUAGUACAAUGAAUGGAAAAUUUGUUAAAAAAAGGAAAUUUCAACCACACAAUGACGAAAUCAAUUCAUACAAUCAAGUCAUUUAUACUCCCGUCACCAACAGUGUCACAGGUUUUUUUUUUGACAAAUCAAAGCUGGUGAUUGAGACUUAUUUUGUUAAAACCAAAAAAUUUAUGUUGCCUAUAAUCUUGACAAAUAUUGGAUAUGACUUGGAAAUUUUUGAUGAUUCAUUACGCAUCGUUCAGCAUGCUGGCGAAAACGUGGCAUUAGCGUCUAGGGAGAAAGGUGUUGUUCGUUUUAUUAAGGGAAACCGUGGAGGCGGAAGCGUAGACGUGACGUUGAAGUGGAUGAACAUGGAAUUGAACACAGAUUUAGACUCAGUUCCAGAAAACUCGUCUUCAAGUGCUAACUUCACUGCUUUUAUCAAUUCAGGGUCACCCGAGCCUCCGAAUUGCAAUUCCAAUGACCUAAAUCCUGACGACGAAAGUUCCGAUGAAUAUUUUAGUGCUGACAGUAAUGACUCUGCCACUUCUGAUAAUUUACAUGAUAGACACUCUCCUCAAAAUUCUGAAGAUGAUCUUGAAUUUAGAGAUAUGUUUCUUGAUGAGUAUUCUAACAUUCGAAAAGAUGUGCAUCAGAAACUAAAAAGUUUAUAUUGGAUGCGCGGGAGAUAUGGAAUAGUCGGUUCUAACGAGAUAAUACCAUAUCUUCACUUUUUUGUGACAGUUGAUUAUGAAAGAGUAGACCGAAAAGAUAUUCUACAAAAUGACAUAAUCGAUAAAUUUGGAUCAGAUGCUUCGCAAUAUUUUGAAUUUCGGCCGAAAGGAUCAAAAAAAGCGAAGCUCCGAUCCUUCUCAAAUAUAUCCAUAAGUAGAAACGAUCAGUCAAUUAUUUCAAGAGGCACAUUAACAAUGUUUUGCUACCUAAACGGGAAACAUUACGCGUUGACAUGUUGCCAUCUUUGUUAUAAUGGAGUUGACAAUCACAAACAUUAUAAAAUGCUCAACUUGGCAACUAAUGACCCAAAUGCAUUUGAAUUGCAUUUGAAAUCAAAUGAAUACGUUUACAGUAGCUCUCCAAAUUCUGAAAUACAACUAGGCUCUUGCAGGGACUACGUUUUGCAAAAUGAUGUGGACAUCAUGUCAAUAGAAGUUAAUGAAAGUGUUUCAGUGGAGUGCAGACGAAAAAAAUUACACAAACCUUCUAAUUGGUUGGAUGUGUGGCGAGAGCUUCUUAAACGAGUAUACGGAGUCUCUUCUAGUUCAGUUAAGGUGAAGAAAUAUGACGGAAAACGUAUGAUAGGCUAUAUUGUUGAUACUUCUUUUUCGUAUUAUUCUCCUGAAGAAGAGGUUACUAUUGAGGAUGCUAUUCUGGUAAAAUGCAGAAAAAGCUUUCUUAAAGCUGGUGAUUGCGGUGUGCUUGUAUAUUUUCAUGAUGAAGCUGGCAGAAGAAUUCCUUUUGGUUAUGGUGUUUCUCAGUUUUUUCACCUGGGAAUAUGUGAUCCAGAGUAUAAGUAUUAUAUUUGCUUCAAGCUAGAUAAAGCUUUAAGAAAGUUAUUUGGCGAAGAAAACUACAAGAACUGUGGCUGUUUUGAACAAUGUGCAAAUCCCAUUGAGGAAAUCAGUGGUGAGAAAAAAACUUUGCUCUUGACAUGAAAUAUUGUGAUGACUUAGGCGUUUACUUUCCAAAACUUUAAUUCAUUUACAAGGUUUUCUGUUAGCUUUAUUGAGAAAGCCUAAUGUUUUUUAUUAUUUCCAUAACAUGGCUCAUUGUGCUAAUUUGAACUCAAACUGUUCCUAAUUUCAUUACUGAACUUCUUAUUUCCUAAAUAAACUUGAAAAUCAUAACUAUGUACAAUUUUGUUGCUGAACAAUAUUGAAAUAUCGUCCUCGUAAAUUAAGUAAUUGUAAUGUUGUAAAAUUUAGUAAAAGUAGACGUAAAAUGAUCUAUCCUAUAACAAA